AUGGCUGUGGCCGACAGCCAGUACCUGUUCCGCCUUACGGAUGUGGGCGCACCUGGGAGGUUUAGUGGUGGGGGAAUUUUCAAAGGUUCCCCCAUUGGCAAACGACUGCAUAAGGGCAAGCUCAAUCUGCCUCGGGCAGCUAUGCUACCGGGGUCUGAAUCAGUUUGCCCUCAUGUGUUCGUUGGCGAUGAAGCCUUCCAGCUGCGUUCCGACUUCAUGCGGCCACUGCCGGGCACCAGGACUGAAGCUGGGGAGGUCAUCUUCAAUUACCGCCUCAGUCGUGCCAGACGAUGCGUAGAGAACGCCUUCGGGAUUCUUUCUCGUCGGCGUAUCUACGAGAAGCAGAUAAACCUGCAGCCUAAAAAUGUAGACAAUGUUGUGAAGCCAACCUGCAUCCUCAACAACUUUUUAUUUUGUGCCCCACUCAUGUAA